AUGGCCGCACCGCAGGAGCACGAUGAGGCGUCAACUACCCAGAGCCCGCUCUACGGCGUCAUCAUCUGCCCUUCCUGCCAGAAGAAGGCGGGGCCAUGGGCUCGAUCGGCAAAUCCGUGUUGCCAGCGAAUGAAGGGAUGUGCUGAUUUAGCCGUCUACGUGGACGACAUCGGUUUUGCCGAGGCCGAGCUGGAGGCGUACACGCGGAUUCUGGAAAUCCUGAGAGCCCGAUCUUGCUGGUAUUGCAAGAUCGUUGCAACGCCGCUCGCCCGUGCAGUCACAGAUUGGAAGGGCCAGCAAGCACCUGGCAGAACCCGCGGCGCCAAACGGGCCGCUGCCCCCGUUGCCACAAACAUCAUUGGAAUGCUGCUGGUGUUCUUGCUGCUCGGAAUAUCUACUGCAACCUCCAAUCGUGCCUGUUGGUACUGUGAGCUAGUCGGGACGCCGCUGGCCCGUGCGUUGAGCGAGUCGAGGGAGAAGCAGGGACCAGGGAAAACCCGUAUUCAGGUAGCCACCGAGGUGCCGGGCCGCACGAAGAAGGACUGCAUCAAACGAUUCAAAUACGUCGCGCAGCUCAUCAAAAAUCAGAAGAAA